AUGUGGGGAAGCCGCGGCAGUCAGCCUUGGGGCUCGCGGGGCGGGGGAAGGCCGGCGCUCGUGACUGCGCGCGGGCAGCCGGAGAGCCCCGCGUCCCGGGCUGGCCGCGCGGGCGGUGGUCGCAGGAGGGAGCGGACCCGGCCUCUGUCAUCGCUGCCGCUAGUCAUUUCGGGUCGACCCCCGACCGUGUCUGUCCUGGGUCUUAAUGGGUUCCUGCCCCUCAGGUCGGCCACCGCUGCCACCGCCCCCCCUGCCGCCCCAGCUGGGGAGGGAGGCCCCCCUGCACCACCUCCAAACCUCACCAGUAACAGGAGACUGCAGCAGACCCAGGCUCAGGUGGAUGAGGUGGUGGACAUCAUGAGGGUGAACGUGGACAAGGUCCUGGAGCGGGACCAGAAGCUGUCAGAGCUGGACGAUCGUGCAGACGCACUUCAGGCGGGGGCCUCCCAGUUUGAAACAAGUGCAGCCAAGCUCAAGCGCAAAUACUGGUGGAAAAACCUCAAGAUGAUGAUCAUCUUGGGAGUGAUUUGCGCCAUCAUCCUCAUCAUCAUUAUUGUUUACUUCAGCUCUUAAACCCCUGAGGAGCCUGCCCUGACCAGAGAAGGGCCUCUCCCCUCCAUCCCCAGCCGCUCCUCCACCUCUCAGCCAUAUCUUCCAACCCCCCCUCCCCUGGAUCCGUGUGUGUGUGUCCGUGUGUGUGCCCCCCUGUAAAUAGCCAGCUGUUAUUUAUACAUAUAUAAUAUUAUAUAUAUUUGGUCUGUUUGUAGUUUUAUUACUAGAAGAUUUUUCCGGUUGUCCUUAACACCCCUUCCUGAAGUUCCCAUCACCUCCUUUCUCUUUCCCUCCUUCCCUUUCCCUCUCUUCCUAACCAGCCCCAAGUCCCUUCAUUUGCAUCUGCUAUGCAAUAGUCCCUCUUCCUCUCCUCCUUCCCUUGGAUUUAGCUGAUCCUUCCUUCCACCCUGGCCUUCCCCGUACCCCCAGUCCCCUACAAAAAAAAAGCAAAAAGCAACUGUCCAGGCCUCCUUAGGUGCAUCUUCUUUGCAUCAUUGGGAGGCUCUGAGGCUGGCCCCACUUGGUCCUAAGAAUCCCAAGGUCUUCUGGGAGCUUGCAGCAUGUUAAUUAGCAAUCAUUUGCAUACUGACAUCCCUUUUGGUUCCCUUUUUUGUUCCAUCACUUUUCAUUCUUUCAACCUGUGUUUCUUUUUUACUGAGGAGUUAGUCCCCAUUUGUCCUUGUAUCACACUUUCAUUUGCAUGAUGUUACUUGCAGGUGGUGGGGAGCCUGGGCUUUUGGGGAGCCAGGCUGUUCUGGCCCCCAGAAUUGCCCCCUCCUAGCCCCCCAGUCCAGUUUGCCUCCCCUACUCCCAUUUUCCAAACCUCUUGUCCCCUCCUCUCCCUCCCCCCAGCUGGUGUGUAAAAUGUCUUGGAGUUCAGUGUGUUAUGAUGGACCAUUAAUUCUGCCACUUGGAGUCUCUCCCCACAUUCCUGCUCCCCCAUUUUCAUGUGGGGUGCCCAACUGACAUUCCCAUGGGAUCUCCCUCCCUCCCAUCUGCCUGAUCUGCCUCCUCCCCCUUCCACCAGGAGAGUUGGGGGUUGGCCACAAUGUGAUUUCUUUUGGGAGAGGUGGCUACCAGUGUGUGGGCGGUCAUCACUGCCUUGGGGAGGAGUAGGGCAGGACAGAGAAUCCCCCCAAUUCCUGCCUGAAAUCUCCUCUGGCCUCACCCCUGCUGGGGGUUGGACUAAAAACCCUCCUCCCCAAUUUGGGGAGUGUUGCCCCCAUCACUGCCCAGCUCCUCUGACUGCCCCCUUGAAUUCAGGGUGGGGUACUAGUCACUGCCAAUGUGUACAUGGACUUGCUGGAAGAUGGGGAUUCUCACCCUUCUCUAGGGCGGUGAAACCCAAAGCUAGAGCUGUCCUCCUUAGGUGAAGUGAUAGAGGAAGGGUCUAAUAUCUUUUUAAAUGGCACAAUUUUAGGGGGCUGAGACUGCAGUCCCUUAACCUGCCACUGGAGGGGACCCACCCCCAACUCUUCCCCCCACACUCAUAGUUUCUGGGUGGAGGGGGAGCAGGGAGAUCUAAGCUGUGGUAUGAAAGGGUAGGGAGAGAUGCUGGGGGUGGGGGUGCUGUGUUCUAGACCCCCCCAUAUUAUCCCAGUGUCCCCUGACCCCCCACCCCAUGCCCCCAAUUCUGUGGCGCAUCCAGAUUGUGAAAAUGUACAAUAAAUGUGUAAUGAGUAACCAG